AUGAAGUCACCAAGGACAAUUAAAGAAGUCCAAAGAUUGGCCAGCUGUUUGGCCGCACUUGGUAGAUUUCUGUCAAGAUCAGGGAAUAAGUGCCGCUAUUUCUUUCAAACCAUAAAAAAGAAAGCCAUGUUUGAGUGGACAGAGGAAGCCGAGGAAGCAUUCGUACAGCUAAAGGGCCAUUUACAUACAUUGCCUCGGCUUGUCAGCCCACUUAAGAGCGAGAAGUUAUUCAUCUAUCUUGCUAUCUCAGAGCACUCUUUAAGUGCCGUCCUACUUGCUGAGCGGGACGGCCGCCAGAUCCCUGUCUACUUUGUUAGCCACGUUCUACAUAACGCUGAGCUAAGGUAUCCCCCUAUUGAAAAAUUUGGCUUGGCAUUGUACAUGGCGUCAAAAAAGCUGCGGCCAUAUUUCUUGGCACUUUCAAUUGUGUUCUACACAGACCAACCCUUGAAGAAACCAUUUACAACGCUAGAGGCAAGCGGCCGUAUGCUCAAAUGGGCCUUGGAAAUGAGAGGUUUGGAUAUUACAUUUGAGCCAAGAAAAGCAAUCAAGGGGCAAGCCUUUGCUGAUUUCUUAGCUGAAAUGACUCGGCCGGAGAUCAAAUCUGGAAAGUGUUCGUGGAUGGCAGUGCGACAGCCACUGGUUGUGGUGCAGGUGUUAUAUGCCAGUCACAUGAGAUUCCAGUUUCAAGCCUCUAAUAACGAGGCCGAGUACGAAGCCCUCUUGGCCGGCCUCAGAAUGUGUAAGGCGGCAAGAGCGACAAAAAUUGACGUGUGCUCAGACUCCCUACUUGUAGUCGGCCAGGUGAAUGGAGACUUUGAGGCGAGGGAGCCGGCCAUGGUAAAAUACUUGAAGAUUGUAAAAGAGGAGGCUGAGAUCCUAGACCAUUUUACCCUGCAGCAGAUCCCUCGUUCGUCCAAUCAUCAGGCGGACGCCCUCUCUAAGUUAGCAUCCUCAGCAUCAUGUGAUACUCCCAGGUCAGUGUUUUGGGAAGUAAAAGAGAAGAGGAGCAUUAAUGUUGAGCCAGUAUAUGCAAUUGAUAGAAGCUCCACUUGGAUGGACGGGAUUAUAUCUUACCUUAAGGACGGAUUACUCCCGGCCGAUCCUAAAGAGAGCUGGCUGAUGAAAAAGAGAGCGGCUUGGUUUGAAGUUAAGCAAGGGGAGUUGUUCAAAAAGGCAUUUGUAAAGCCAUACCUGAAAUGCAUCACUCCUGAGAGAGGGUAUGAUGUCUUGGAUGAUAUUCACCAAGGGCAGUGUGGUUCUCACAUUGGAGGACGAGCAUUGGCUGAAAAAGCUGCCCGCCUGGGUUACUACUGA